GGUUAGCGACAAGUAGGCAGUGGCUAAUUUUAGAGGUUAGCUGUGUACUUAGCUUGUAUUAUAUGGCGCUAAUAAGGAAUAUCAUUUUUGCAUAUUAACGUGAAUGUAACGCGUAUUCAUAACUUAAAUAAAUAUGUGUUCAAACAGAUGAUUGAGUACGCACAGUGAGCGGUAAAAAAAGUCACUCAAAACACCUAACGUUAUAUCGGCUCAAGCUAGCAUAACAAUAGCACAACGCUAGCUAACGAAGACCUUUUCGUUUGUUAGCAUUGUUUAGAGAUUAGCUACAGCCAUGACUCUGGCAGUUGACCGGGAACCCAGAAAGACUGCUGGUAACCGCUUGUCAAAGUUACUGGAUGCUGAAGAAGAAGAUGAAUUCUACAAGACCACGUAUGGAGGCUUCAACGAUGAAUCAGGAGAUGACGAGUAUCAUGGAGAACAUUCAGACACAGAGGAUGAGGUGGACAGCGACUUUGACAUCGAUGAGGGUGAUGAGCCAGACAGCGACCAGGAGGAAGAUGCUCCUCGGAGGAAAAGUCGGGUUGUCACUAAAGCGUAUAAGGAACCGAUAAAGGUGGCAAAGCCCAAACCCAAAAGGCCGUCAGAGGAGCAGAAGAAGACUGAGAAAGUUAAAGUGGAGCUCAAAAGGAGGAUUCCACAAGAAUUCCAAGAUUUUGCAGAAACCCGGAAGUCUGUGCGACAGUCUACCAGUGAACAUACCCGAAAGACCAAUUUACGUUUGCAAGAGCGUCAAGAUGCCCCUCGGAGAAGGAGAGGUGCUCAUCGGGACCGACCCCUUACCCAGGAAGAACUGCUGGCUGAGGCCAAAGUAACAGCAGAGAUCAACAUUCGAUCUUUAGAGAACUAUGAACGUCUGGAGGCGGAUAAAAAGAAACAGGUCCACAAGAAGCGGCGUUUUGAAGGACCAACCAUUCGUUACCACUCAGUCCUGAUGCCACUUGUCUCUCACUCAGUCCUGAAAGAAGAAAACGUGGAUGUUGAAGGGUUGGAUCAGGACGUCCCUCAAACUGCACCACAAAAUCCCACAACGCCGUCCCAGCAGCCUGCCGGAGGCCUGUGCUCCCGUACUUACAUAACAUUCAGUGAGGACGAGGCUUUCGAGGUGGCUUUUCCACACAGCGCCCAGUCGAGUCCUCAGCUGCCCGUCCAGGAGAUUUGUCCUGUCACCCACAAGGCCGCACUUUACCGAGACCCGGUCACUGACAUACCUUACGCUAACACACGAGCCUUCCGCAUCAUUCGAGAAGCGUACCGUAAAUACGUGGCUGCUCACGGAUUUCCAAAUACUUCAGGAGGGGUGACGGGACUUGACUCCUCAGCAACAAAGGGUUCCCGCCAGAAAAUGGUCGUCAAGCAGAGUGCUAUGGCAACAUAGAUUAGUUU